AUGGGCUCGGGGUGCGGGUGCGGGAGACCCGGGGGGUCUCCCAUGCUGCUAUUGCUGCUGCUGUUGCUUCCCGCGUGUCCUCUGCUGAGCGCUCGGAUGUUUCCAGGAAAUGCCGGUGGAGAGCUAGUCACUCCCCACUGGGUUUUGGACGGGAAAACGUGGCUCAAGGUCACCCUGAAAGAGCAGAUCUCCAAGCCUGACUCAGUGCUGGUGGCUUUAAAGGCUGAAGGCCAGGAUCUCCUGCUUGAAUUGGAGAAGAACCACAGGCUUCUGGCCCCAGGAUACACAGAAACCUACUACAGCCCGGAUGGGCAGCCCAUAGUGCUGUCCCCCAACCACACGGAUCAUUGCCACUAUCAGGGGUGUGUGAGGGGCUUCCAGGAGUCCUGGGUAGUCCUCAGCACCUGCUCCGGGAUGAGUGGCCUUAUUGUGCUUAGCAGCAAAGUGAGCUAUUAUCUACACCCCUGGACGCCUGGGGACACCAAGGACUUCCCAACCCACAAGAUCUUCCGGGUGGGACAAUUGUUCACCUGGAGAGGGGCGAGGAAAGACAAGAACUCCCAGUUCAAAGCAGGAAUGGCCCGUCUUCCUCAUGUCCCCCACAGAAGGAUGAGGCGAGAGGCUCGCAGGAGUCCCAAGUACCUGGAACUGUACAUAGUGGCUGACCACGCCCUGUUCUUGCUUCAGCGUCAGAAUUUGAACCACACAAGACAGCGCCUCCUGGAAAUUGCCAAUUGCGUGGACCAGAUUCUCAGGACUCUGGAUAUUCAGUUGGUGUUGACCGGGCUGGAAGUGUGGACGGAGCAGGAUCAUAGCCGCAUCACGCAGGACGAAAAGCAAGCCCUCUGGGCUUUCCUACAGUGGGCCCGUGAGCUGUGGGUCAGGAGACCUACGACUCCACGUGAACUGCUCACGGGCCGCACUUUCCAGGGUACCACGGUGGGCCUGGCGCCUGUGGAGGGCAUGUGCCACGCAGAGAGCUCCGGAGGUGUGAGCACAGACCACUCGGAACUCCCCAUCGGCACAGCAGCCACCGUGGCCCACGAGAUAGGCCACAGCCUAGGCCUCCACCAUGACCCAGAGGGCUGCUGCAUGGAGGCAGACGCAGAGCAAGGAGGCUGCGUCAUGGAAGCAGCUACAGGGCAUCCUUUCCCGCGCGUCUUCAGCGCCUGCAGCCGCCGCCAGCUGCGCACCUUCUUCCGCAAAGGGGGCGGUGCGUGCCUCUCUAACGUCUCGGCUCCCGGGCUCCUGGUGCUGCCCAGCCGCUGCGGAAACGGCUUCGUGGAAGCAGAAGAAGAGUGCGACUGCGGUUCUGGCCAGAAGCGCCCAGAUCCCUGCUGCUUUGUCCACAACUGUUCCCUGCGUGCCGGGGCGCAAUGCGCCCAGGGUGAUUGCUGUGCGCGGUGCCUGCUAAAGCCCGCAGGCACACCUUGUCGUCCCGCCGCGAACGACUGCGACCUCCCCGAGUUCUGCACCGGCACCUCCCCUCAUUGUCCCGCAGAUGUUUAUCUACUGGAUGGCUCACCCUGCGCUGAGGGUCGUGGCUAUUGCCUAGAUGGCUGGUGUCCCACGCUGGAGAAGCAGUGCCAGCAGCUAUGGGGGCCUGGAUCCCAGCCGGCUCCUGAGCCAUGUUUCCAGCAGAUGAACUCCGUGGGGAAUUCACAGGGGAACUGUGGCCAGGACAGUAAGGGUAGCUUCCUGCCCUGCACACAGAGGGACGCUCAGUGUGGGAAGUUGCUGUGCCAGGGAGGGAAGCCAAACCCACUAGUGCCGCACGUAGUGACUGUGGAUUCCACAAUUCUGCUAGAGGGCCGCCAAGUGCUUUGCCGGGGAGCUUUCGUACUCCCUGAUACUCAUCUGGACCAGCUUGGCUUGGGUCUGGUGGAGCCAGGCACCCGCUGUGGACCUAGAAUGGUGUGCCAGGGGAGGCACUGUCAGAAUGCUACCUCCCAGGAGUUGGAGCGUUGCUCGACUGGCUGCCAUAACCGUGGGGUUUGCAAUAGCAAUCGUAACUGUCACUGUGCUGCAGGCUGGUCUCCACCCUUCUGUGACAAGCCUGGCUUGGGUGGUAGUGUGGAUAGUGGCCCUGCACAGUCUACGAAUCCAGAUGCCUUCCCAUUGGCCAUGCUACUCAGCUUUCUGCUGCCUCUACUUCCUGGGGCUGGCCUAGCCUGGUGCUACUACCAGCUCCCAACACUCUGUCAGCAACCAGGACGGUGCUGCAGGAGGGACGCCCUAUGUAAUAGGGACCAACCUCUGGGCAGUGUUCACCCCGUGGAGUUUGGCUCCAUCAUCACUGGAGAGCCCUCGCCCCCGAACCCUGAGGAGUCUGAGCUUACCUAGGAACUACCCUCUGAAGCUUGUGCCGUGCAGACCUGCCCAAUCCCUACGGUAGGUGAAGCACCCCAGGCCCUCCCAUUGCCCAGUCACCAAUCUGUCUCAGUUUGUUGCCUACUCCUCAGAUUUAUGGGCUAUAAAUAAGGAAACGGGGCAUGGCCCUCAGAGAAGCC